AUGUCUUUGUCUCACUUGACCCUGCGAGGUGAGAGGGCAGGCUCUGGGUCUCGGCGUGAUCAGGCCAGGCAGCUCGUCAUAGACCUGGAGACUCGCGGGAGCCAGGCCCUUCCUUUGUUCAUCUCCUGCCUGGAGGAAACAGGCCAGCACAGCCUGGCUUCACUCCUGAGAACAAGUAGCCAAGCAGCAAGGCGGGACCUGGAGGCCAUCAGACCCCUGGACCUCAAACCCGUGGUGGUCAGACCAGAGGAGCUGAGAGUAGCGAAGCAGGACCCACCGAAGCUGACCCCAGGCACACUCACUCCAGUGGUGUUGAGGCCAGAGGUUCCCAGACCAGGCGUGCCCAGGCCAGUGGACAUUGGUCCUGGAGGAUCCGGUGAUGUCGGUGCUCAGGGGAGAUCGAGGGGAAACGCUGAUUUGGCGUAUGUCCUGAACGCGGACCCCUGUGGCCACUGCAUCAUUAUCAACAACGUGACCUUCUGCCUUACGUCGGGGCUCAGCACCCGCAAGGGCUCCGACGUGGACUGCGAGAGGCUGCAGAGACGCUUCCACCUGCUACACUUCAUGGUGGAGGUGAAGCGCGACCUGACUGCCAAGCAUAUGGUCCAGGCUCUGGCAGAGCUGGCGCAGCAGGACCACAGCGCCCUGGACUGCUGUGUGGUGGUCAUCCUCUCUCACGGUUGUCAGGCCAGCCACCUCCAGUUCCCGGGGGCCGUCUACGGCACAGAUGGGUGUCCCGUGUCCGUGGAGAGAAUCGUGAACAUCUUCAACGGAACCGGCUGCCCCAGCUUGGGAGGGAAGCCCAAACUCUUCUUCAUCCAGGCCUGCGGUGGAGAGCAGAAAGACCACGGGUUUGCGGUGGUCUCCAGCUCCCCUCAGGACGGGGCCCCCGGCAGGAACCCCGAGUCAGACGCUGCCCCGUUCCAGGACCACCCAGGCAGCUACGACCAGCCGGAUGCCGUGUCCAGCCUGCCCACGCCAAGCGACAUCUUUGUGUCCUACUCCACCUUCCCAGGUUUUGUCUCCUGGAGGGACCCCAGGAGGGGCUCUUGGUACAUCGAGACCCUGGAUGGCGUCUUUGAGCAGUGGGCUCACUCUGAAGACCUGCAGAGCCUCCUGCUCAGGGUCGCUAAUGCCGUCUCGGAGAAAGGGGUUUACAAACAGAUUCCUGGGUGUUUUAAUUUCCUCCGGAAAAAACUCUUCUUUAAAACUUAAUGAAGCCAGGGCCCCCGACCCUGCCUCGCCCAAACCUUCUGGCUCCCCGCCCGGGACGGCCGAGGCCUGGGCUUUCCUUCAAUGUGGCUGUCACGCCGAGAAGGGUGCUGUGGCCCCUGAGAGCCUGCUCUUCCCCCACGGGCGGCGGACAGGCUCUUAGCAGCUUCCAAACCGGAGACAAGUGACCGACGAUGGAGCACGGGGAGCCGAAGGCCGUGGACGGCGUGUGGCUUUCCACCCGUGGCUGGUGUCUGAGGCCCUUGUAUUUUCUUAGCCUCAGCACCACUGACACGUGGGGCCAGACAGUCCUAUGCUGGGGGAGGGGGUGUCCUGUGCACUGUAGGAGGUUUAGCAGCAGCCCUGGCCUCCAACCACUAGAUGCCAGUAGGAUCUGUCCCUGAACAGUGACAACCGAAAAUGCCUCCAGACGCUGCCGGGUGCCCCGCCCGAGAACACUGAGCUGUGGGAAUAUUUCAGCUACAAACAAGCCAGCAUCUCUCUUAGACCAGCAAGUGUAGGACCCGAGUCUGAACAGCUGGAAUCUGUGGAUCUUAAAUGAAGUCUUAAAAACUAUUAAAUUUUCCUGUAUUUCAGCGUUCUUAAAAAAAUAAACCUCAGGUGAACAUGGGC